CAUGGGUAUUUAGAGCCGAAGAUAGCCAGACUACAAGUACUUUCAGUGAGGAGCUCCGGGUGCGUACACCAGCAAUAGAGAGGGGCAGUCGACGGCAUGUGGAAGCUAUUUUGUUCUGCGCUGCUUGCCAGCGUUCUGGUGAGCUCUCAGGGUGCGUCUGUUGCCGAGGAACACAGCGUGCACAAACGCCAAGUACCGAUGCAGUAUGGAGCCAAUACCUUAGGAGGCUCCUUCAACUUUGGCCCGAAUAUCGGCGUGGCCACCCCAGACCAGACCCCAGCCAAGGAUACCAUCGUUGUCAGUGACGUAGGCAAGGCCAGUAUUACUCGCACUGACGGGCCUAACUAUACCCCAUCUGGACCUAACAACUACAACGCCAAGGUCUGGCAGCUAGGAAACCAGGAGGUCACUUACGUCGGAAACGUAGUCAUCAUUGACUGGAGGGUGUUUAGCGAACGUAAGGCUCCAGUUGCUUCUAGAACACCCGUUUACGGCUCUUCAGGGCCUACGUACGGCUCCUCAGGACCUACAUACGGCUCCUCGGGAUCUACGUUCGGCCCCUCGGGAACUACGUUCGGCCCCUCGGGACCUGCGUUCGGCACUGUGCCUCAGUAUGGAGAUACCAACCUUGGCCAACCAGGCUCAACUAACACAGGCCCAGCUUACGGCCAGGCUACUGGUCAGGAUCCAACUUACGGCACAGUAGGACAGGACACAGGAUUGCCAGGGUUCAACGCAGGGCUGCAAGAUCCAGGAUUCAACGCAGGAUUACCAGGACAGGGAUUCCCAUCCGGUUUACCAACUUACAACAACGAAGAUCCCUUUUCCGACCCAUUCUUUCAAGAUGUUCCUGGUUUUUAUAAUGCUGGGCAAGACGCUGGGCAAGACGGCAGCAACAGUGCAAACCAAGCCCCGCCACAAAACGGAGGAACUUACCAAGGCGCACCUGCUCCAGGUUCUUAUCAAAAUGGCGUUUUUCUAGGUCCAACACAGAAUGGAGGCUACCAAGAUCAGGGGGCUUACCAAGGCUUACCCAAUCAAGGCGGGGCUUACCAAGGAGCACCUGCCCAAGGCUCAUACCAAAAUGGCGUUUUUCUAGGCCCAACACAGAAUGGAGGCUACCAAGAUCAGGGGACUUACCAAGGCUUACCCAAUCAAGGCGGCGUUUACCAAGGCGCACCUACUCAGGGCGGCUCAAACCAAGGUGCCGUAUAUCAAGACCCAACACAGACCGGAGGCUACCAAGACCAAGGGGCAUACCAAGGCCUUCCAAAUCAAGGCGGCCUGUACCAAGGCUUACCUUCACAGGGCGCCUCUUUUAACCUCCCCCCUCAAACUGGUGUUUAUUCAGGUGCUCCCGCGGGUAAUGUCCAAUACGGACCUACGUCUGCUCAGGGACCACUCAACAACCAGUACGGCAACGCCUUGAACCAGUACGGCAAGAAGAAGAGAAGGAGGAGGUCUCUGAGAAAAAAGAGACAGACCUACGCGCCAUCUUACGGUACUGGCCCUCUGUACGGCCAAGGAGCCAAUUCCGGAGUUGUCACCGGCCUUCCUCUGUACGGCCAAAGCCCCGCAUACGGCUCAACCUACGGUUCAUACAAUGUUCCUACUGGCCCAGCCUUCCCUAACAUCUGUGUGAAGAGAGGAACAUAUCUUGUCUUCAACUGGCCGUAUCCAGGCAGACACAACGUGAACAAAUUCAUCUCAUACAGAGCCUACAAAUACUGCUCCAAGGACGAGCUGACCGAGGACACUUAUGGCUCCCAGACCCAGGAGAUCAUAGACACCAGUAACCUAGCGCCAGGCUAUUACUACUUUGCCAGUGGCGUCGGCGAUGACUGCUCUACUGGUGGACAGAAGAUAGCCGUCCGCGUGGCCACCGAUUACGGUGAUGACUGUAAAUACCCAAGCUACGGACAGUAUGGCUUGGCCGGUGCAAGCACAGGCAAAUAAAUCGCUGUCAACAUACGCGGGGAUUGAGACGACUGGGGAAUGAUCGUACAAUACUGUCAACUGCGGGGAAGUCGCCCUUGAAGCACUACCUAAACAGAAUAAGCUAACGCAGGACUGGUUUUGCGGUAUUUUUUCAGAAUUCUUCCUAGUAUGAGCUUUAAGUCUGGAAAACGAAGAGACGACAUAAUUUAUUGUUGGAAUUCACAAGAAGUACCGUGCUUGAUUUUUAAUAAUUGACUUUGUUUUAUCUUUAAUUUUUAUUAUUUUAUUAUAAUUUAGGCCUUAUGUACAUAAAGGACCAAAAAUAAAGCUUUACUUUCAUAAUAUCAUUAAA